UCGCACUCUGGAGCACUGACUCUUUCACACUCGAGCACUGACCCUUUCACACUCUGAAGCACUGACCCUUUCACACUCUGGAGCAUUGACCCUUUCACACUCUGGAGCACUGACCCUUUCACACUCUGGAGCAUUGACCCUUUCACACUCUGGAGCACUGAUCCUUCCACGAGCUGCCCCUUUCGCACUCGGAAGUGCGCUGACCCUUUCACACUCUGGAGCAUUGACCCUUUCACACUCUGGAGCACUGAUCCUUUCACGAGCUGCCCCUUUCGCACUCGGAAGUGCGCUGACCCUUUCACACUCUUUCAAACUGGGUAAUCGGGGUAAAAUGGUGUAGCCUUUUACUUUUCUUUUGAUGUGUUUAACUGUGGUGUGACUGUGUUUAGUUUAGAGGAGAAUUGUAGAAUAGCUUUGUGCUGAAUGAGUAGCUUGUGGUACAGUUACAGCGUCAAGGGGAGUCACUCCCCUGUGUAGUGUGUUACAUUUAAACAGCUACAUAACAAAUAAAAAGAUUUGUUUUACAGAAAUCAAUAAAUGAGUGUUUUCUUCUUGGUGGUUAAACAUACUGAUCUUCCAGGCAACUAAAACUGAUCACUCAGAAACAAAACCUGCAAUUGCUAGUGAUUUUUUUUUUUUUCUUUUCUGUUAACAAAAUUUCUUCAGUUGUCUUCAUUACAACAUCUGAGCAGUCAGUUGGAAAAGUGUCGACCACUUGGCUCUCGAUGUUAGUCUGUUCACUGUGGGUGUGGGGAGACAGAUAUGAUGUAGCUCAGGGAUGACGGAGACCCACAUUUACACUUGUGUCUUUCAUAUGCCAUGCAUCAUAAAGAAUCUUAAGGCUAAGUGAACAACUUCUCAAUGAGCAAGUUAGGAGAAACUUUUUUAAAAAUAACUGUUAAUCCUAAUAUAAAGAUUCCCAGUUUUCCGGUUUAAGAGUAAAUCAUAAAGGGUUUUGCUGUUAAAAGCUGCGUUUAAACCCAUGAUCAUCUCAGUGUAGUCUACAGUAGAAGUUCUCAUACUUUUUACAGCCAGUCAUCUCUUUAAUCUGAAAUUAAUUCCAUGUACAGCUGCAGUACAUGUUUGUAGUCUUUCAUAAUUCACUGACUGAAGUUCAUUUUGCGAAAUGUCAUCCGGUGAGAUCAUCAAAAUAGACCACCCUGAGACUUUUAUAUAGAAAACAAUUCAAUGACAAAUGAAGAUUUAUACGACAGUCACCUUUUUAAUUACUGCUAGUUUGCCAUAUUGUUGUGAUUUAUUUGUAUAUUUGUAUUGUAACUUUUCCUGUUUUACUUCAGUGGUCAAGUCUGUGCCUGGUAAAUAUUAGUGAACUUUACUAUUACGUGGAGCAACCACGUUUUGUUAUAGACUCAAAGGCCAUUUUAAUAGGAACACGUGUAUAUCUGCUCAUUCAUGCAGUUAUCCAACCAGCCAAUCAGAAAGCAACAGCACAAAGCAUAAACAAGCACAGAUACAGGUUAAGAGCUUCAGUUUACAUCAAAGAUCAGAAUGGGGGGGGAAAUCUCAGACUGCUGGAUUGAAUAUUUUAGAAAUUUUAUUUUAGAAGCAUUAAAAUGUCUCCAGGGUCUGUGUAAAGAGAGCGCAAGAGUUCUGUGAUACCCAACAUGGUGUGUCAGUAACGCUGAAAACACUAAGACAUGACAUCUCAAGUUGUUUAUUAAAACAGUCUUUACUCUUUUUGCUAGUCCACCCUGAACGACACACGAGCAAACUAAUAAUAAACCAGAGUAGGAACCAUGGAACCAUGGUUCCUUAGUGUACAUUUCCUCCUCGUUUUGUUUGACAACAUGGAGGAGCUGGUGUCUAAAAAAAAUUCACAAGGAACUGCUGGAUUUCUACACAAUGGACAUUGCACAAACACGGUUCACCAGAAACGACGCUGAACCAAACAAAAGCAUUUGAAAAAGCUGCCCAUAAGAAAACAAGUAAAUGCUGAAAGGAUGUAACUGAUGCAGUGAGAUUUCAAAUGGUCACAGAUAUAAUAAUACCCAUCAGAAUGGCCAAAAUGAGGGUUUUAACCAACUUCUAAAAACACGUUAUUUAUGUGCUUUCAGAGUCACAAAUAUUUUUCUAACACUGCCAUUCCCCAGAGAAGUGGCCAUUCUCCCUCCUCCAAAUGGCAUUCUAGAAGUAUAAACUAGACAAGCCAAAGCCAAAUAACUUUCUACCCCCGUGUUGAGCAGAAAAGCAUCUCAGAACAUGCUUGAGGCUCAGAAUCUUGAGGCUGAUGGGCUUCAACAACUGAAGACCACAUUGAAUUCCACUCCUCUCAGUUACAGUGGGCACGGGUUCUCCAAAACUGGAUAGAUGAAGAUUGGAAAAAAAUAAAAACAUUGCUUGUCUUUUUUGUUUUUUUGUUCCAUUCUGUGUAAACUCUUGUGUGUGGAAAAUCCCAGGAGAUCAUCACGUUCUGGAAUACUAAAACAAACACAUCUGGCACCAUCAUCCUUUUCAGUCAAAGUCACUGAGAUCACAAUUGUCCCCCAUUCAGAUGUUUGAUGUGAGCAUUAACUGAAGCGCUUAACCUCUAUCUGUAUGCCUUUUCUGAUAUUAUACAUGCACUGCUGCCACAUGAUUGCUUGAUUAGAUAAUUGCAUGAAUGAGCAGGUAUACCAGUGUUCCUAAUAAAGUGGUUAUUGAGUGUACGUCGUCAUACAUUUAGUCUUGUUGCAGAUAAAUUGGUACAUGUGUAGUGUUUGUUCUGCAGUCACUGACUGACAGUAAAGUGUUUCCAGAAUGAGAAGUGGUUUAUGGUCACAGACGUUAUGUCGUACUCGUUUGCCUGCGUUUCUCUGUUUUUGUUUCUCACUCAUGCUUCUGGUCUUCCAGGGUUCCUCUAAGGUAAUUGUGUUCUGAGGAGGCUCUGCUGGGAAGCGGACUCCAUGCUGAUUACUGCUAGUUCGCUCCAUGCCCUCUGCUGUCUGCCACUCCAAUGCCUGUCUACUUGUGGAGAAGGUGUAAUUAAGGAUUCACUCAUUUCAUCUGCUGGCACGUGCUUCCUCUUGCAGCCGUUGCCAUGUUCUGGAAGUUUGACCUGCACACCACCUCCCACAUCGACCAGCUGCUUGAUCGGGAGGAUGUAACUCUGAAGGAGCUGAUGGAGGAGGAAGACCUGCUGCAGGAGUGCAAGGCACAGAACCACAGACUCCUGCUCUUUCUCUCACAGGACCACUGCAUGCAUGAGCUGGUCGGCCUCAUCACAGAGGAACCCUCUUUUGACCUGGAGGAGAAAAUACGCUUCAAACUUCCGAACAUUGCCUGCGAUCUCCUCACCUCUGAUGUGAACACCAUUAAUGACAAGCUGGGUGGAGAUGUAUCUUUGCUGGAGAAGCUCUACAGCUUUCUAGAACAGGAUCCUCCUCUCAACCCCCUGCUGGCCUCCUUCUUCAGCAAGACCAUCGGUAACCUGAUAGCACGCAAAACAGAGCAAAUGAUCUCGUUCCUGAGGAAAAAACACAACUUCAUCAGCCUGGUGUUGAACCACAUAGACGUAUCCCCCAUGAUGGAUCUGCUCCUGCGUCUCAUCAGCUGUGUGGAACCAGCUCCCCUCAGACAGGAGGUUCUCAAUUGGCUGAAUGAGGAGCGACUGAUCCAGAGGCUGACUGAGCUCAUGCACACAGGGAGAGAUGAAGAGAGACAAUCAAAUGCGUCCCAGACUCUCUGUGACAUUAUUCGUCUAAGUCGAGAUCAGGCCAAUCAGAUCCCAGAGGCCAUGGAACCAGACCCGUUACUGGCAGUCCUGGAGUCAGAAGAGAAUGUGGCGCAGCUUUUAAAGAGCAUGUUUGAGAAGAUGACCAGUGAAGCCUCUAUUGUCAAUGGAACUCAAGUGCUUCUGACAUUACUGGAGUCAAGGAGGACAGGGCUGGAGGGUCUAAUGGAGCUGUAUUCUCAGGGAUGUGAAAGGUCUUACACUGUCAACAGCAGUAUUCUACGUACUAUUGAGCCUCAUCUAAAGGACUUCCAACAACUUCUACUGGACCCUCCUAAGAAAAGUGCAAUACUCACAACUGUUGGUGUUCUGGAGCAGCCAUUGGGGAACACGCGCCUUCAUGUGGCCAGGCUGGUGGCCUCUCUGCUGCAGACAAGCGACAACAGCAUCUGGCAAGAGCUCUGCAGGCUUAACACCAUGGACCUUCUGCUGGAUUUAUUCUUUAAAUACACCUGGAAUAACUUCUUGCACUUUCAAGUAGAGAUGUGUGUGACAUCGAUUCUGAACCACUCGGCUCACAUGGGUCUGCAUGCUUCGAUUCUCCAGAACCACGAAGACAAGCCUGACUCAGACGGCCAGAAUAGCAACACAGACGCACCACACGCGCCCACCCGUGCUGCCUUGGUGGCCAAUCUCUUCCAACAGUGUCGCCUGGUGCAAAGGAUUCUGGACGCCUGGGAGGAGAAUGACAGAAUUCAAGCUGAGGGUGGGACCAGGAGAGGUAACAUGGGUCAUCUGACUAGAAUCGCCAACACUGUGGUACAGAACCUGGAGAAAGGACAUGUCCAGUCUCAGAUUAGUGAUCUCAUCAAAGAGCUCCCUGAGGACUGUAGAGGGCGUUGGGAGAGUUUUGUGGGAGAAACCCUUAGAGAAACAAACAGGAGAAACACAGUAGACUUGGUCAGCACACAUAACCUGCAUUCUUCAAGUGAAGAUGAUGACAUGGAGAGCCCUUUCCCCAAUGAUCUGUCUAUCCAACAGGCAUUCUCUGAUUAUCAGAUUCAGCAGAUGACCGCUAACUUUGUAGAUCAGUUUGGCUUCAAUGAUGAGGAGUUCAGUGAACAUGAUGAAAAUAUCAAUGCUACUUUUGAUCGAAUUGCUGAGAUUAACUUCAGUAUUGAUGCAGAUGAUAAUAGUGCCAGUGCUGCUGCCUUUGAGGCUUGCUGUAAAGAGAGAAUACAGCAGUUUGAUGACUGUGAAGAAGAAGAAGACAUUUGGGAGGAUAAAGAGAUCAGCUAUGCAACUCGAGUGAAAUCCCGAUCUAGGUUUGGCGUGUCUUUAUCUUCAGGAAGCUCACCUAAAGGUUCUGUGAGGAACGGGAAGCCAGGCCGCGGGUCGGCCAAAGAGGACGAAGAUGAGGAAGGGGAGAGUCAGGUCUCUACUCGAGCAGCAACCAGCACAAAACACCCCACACCACAGACUCCACCGAGUCCUGUGUGCACAGCUGAUUGUGAUGAAACGAAGGACACUGCUUGGGGCUCCGCCUCCAACCAGGCCAACAAGGACCAUCAUGGUACAGGAUGGCCCAAUUUCACAGAGUUUCAGCCUUUCUGCAGCAGCUCCAGUAACUCUGAGAACCAGUCAGAAAAGAAAGUUUCAGACUGCAGCUCUUCUGUAGGCUCUGACAUCAAAGAGGAUCUGGGAAAUGACGAGGCUGAGGAUGCAUUCAAAUCAGCAGGCAACCGAAAAGAAGCAGCAGCAGCUCAGACGUACAGUGAUGCACCUGAUGAGGCACUGGAGAAGCUCACUAUUUCAGACACAGCAGCACCUUCAGAGUCCCAGACAGCCACACCCAAUUCAGAAAACACCACUGUGACAGACAAGAGAUUUGAUGCACCCUCUGAAACCACACCCAACGGACCGAUCUGAAGGUGUUUGAAGUGAAGCCAGACAAAAACCCAUUUGAACCCACUUUUUGCCACUUCUGUUCUAACUCUGGAAAAACAGUACCACUUUUGGUGUUAAAGUGAAAAUGCUGCCAAGUAGUUGAACAUGGAUUCUACCAAUCAGCAUGCACCACUGAAGGAAGAGGGAUGUGUAGCACACACCCAGUACCAGAACAGUGCUCACAGGAGCUUUUAUUUCUUUCAACUUUGUAUGAAAUUUGCUGUUUUUAAUGUAGCAGUUAUGGGUUUUGUUUUGUUUUGUUUUUUUCAGUUACAAGAUCAUUAAGCAUUCUAUGUUUCUUUGUUUAAGUUCCCAUCUUUUAAUUCAUUAUUUCCAUCCAGCCCAACCACAGAAACAGAUAUAUGAAGGGUGUUGUAGGAAAUCACGGGAUAUUGAAUCAUUAUAUAACGAUGCCUCACCCUUAUCUUCACUUAAAUUAAAUUGUUGUUAAUAUGUACUUAUGCAAGCCUUCAGUGUGUAUUUAAACAGAUCACACAGAUUGUUACAGAUAGUUUUCUGAUAUCUGUAAUAACUUUCCUACGCCUCUUCUCCACAAUAAAACUCAUGCAUAUAAAUUUAA